UAUCCAGAGCCCCACAUAGGAUGGAGGGUAUGCCGGGCCUUUUGGACAUUCUGCCGGGACACUCUGAAGUAAAACGGGCGUCAGUUUAGCGAAGUGCCGGCUCUCUACGCGGAGGUAAGCGGAGCAUGUAGUUAAAUGGUGCCUUACAAAAGCACAUCCACUCCAUGUGUGGAGAGAGAUUCAAACAAGUGUCAUUAUUACUUUCGUUUAUGUAUUAUGUAGCGACUUAGUGUGCUGUUUGAUAGAGGACGCUUCAACCAUAUAAAGUGUCACGUGUCACCCCGCAGGGCCCAUUGACCCCAGCGCCUCCGCUGUCCCUUUAAGCGCCAGGUAUGAUGGGGUCCAAGUGUGCGGCGAGUCCCCCCAACGGGCUGACCACAGCGCCGCUGUAAAGCCUCAGAAAUCCAGGAAUUAGCCGCGUCCCGCUCGACGCAAAGAAAAAAGCCGCCGGAACACCUGGAAUUAUGGGAGCGUGUUCAGGCACCGGCAGCUGUGGAUUUUAGGUCGAAGCUCUCGUUCCGCUCGCGGAGGCGUCUCCGCUCCAAGGCUAUGAGACACCUGGACACCGAGUGACCGACAGCGGACGAGCAGAGAGGCCGCCAUGAAGGAGAAGUCGAAGAACGCCGCCCGCACCCGGCGGGAGAAGGAGAACAGUGAGUUUUACGAACUGGCCAAACUGUUGCCGCUUCCGUCCGCCAUCACCUCCCAGCUGGAUAAGGCGUCGAUCAUCCGGCUGACCACGAGCUACCUGAAGAUGAGGGUCGUGUUUCCUGAAGGCCUCGGGGAGUCCUGGGGUCAUGUGAGCCGGACCUCUUUGGAUGGAGUCAACCAGGAACUCGGUGCCCACAUCUUACAGACUUUGGACGGCUUCAUCUUCGUCGUCGCUCCGGACGGCAAAAUAAUGUACAUCUCCGAAACAGCAUCGGUCCACUUGGGCCUGUCGCAGGUCGAGCUGACGGGAAACAGCAUUUAUGAUUACAUCCACCCGGCAGACCACGAUGAGAUGACGGCCGUCCUCACAGCGCACCAGCCCUACCACUCGCACUUCGUCCACGAGUACGAGAUGGAGCGCUCCUUCUUUCUGAGGAUGAAAUGUGUCCUCGCCAAAAGGAACGCCGGCCUCACCUGUGGAGGCUACAAGGUGAUCCACUGCAGCGGCUACCUGAAGAUCCGUCAGUACAGCCUGGACAUGUCGCCGUUCGACGGCUGCUACCAGAACGUGGGGCUGGUGGCCGUCGGCCACUCGCUGCCGCCCAGCGCCGCCGUCACGGAGAUCAAACUGCACAGCAACAUGUUCAUGUUCAGAGCCAGCCUGGACAUGAAGCUCAUCUUCCUGGACUCGCGGGUUGCAGAGCUAACGGGCUACGAGCCUCAGGACCUCAUCGAGAAGACCCUCUAUCAUCACGUCCACAGCUGUGACUCCUUCCAUCUGAGAUGUGCUCAUCACUUGUGUGAGUUAGUGCUGGUCAAAGGUCAGGUCACCACCAAGUACUACCGGUUCUUGGCCAAGCCGGGGGGCUGGGUGUGGGUCCAGAGCUACGCAACCAUCGUACACAACAGCCGCUCAUCCCGACCUCACUGCAUCGUCAGCGUCAACUACGUGCUCACGGAGACGGAGUACAAAGGCCUGCAGCUUUCUCUGGACCAGGCCACGUCCAAGGCCUCCUUCCCCUACAGCGGCAGCAGCACCGCAAGCCUUACGGAGAACUGCAGAACCCCCAAGAGCAGAGUCGCCCGGGCCAAGACCAAAGCCAGGCUCUCGCCAUACACCCAGUAUCCCAGCUUCCAGACGGAGCGCUCCGAGUCCGACCAGGACAGUCCGUGGGGCAGCAGCCCCCUCACCGACUCGGCCUCCCCUCAGCUGCUGGAGCAAGGCGAGGGCCCGGACGCCUCCUGUGUGUACAGGCAGCUCCCCGAUCCCCGCGCGCUCUGCUACGGCUUGUCCGAAGAGAACCAUCACAACGGCGGCGGCGGCGACGGCUACGCACACGGCCAAGGUCAGAGCUGCGACCGGAGCCACUGUGAGGCGGGGCGCUAUUAUCUCGGAACUCCUCCCCCUCGCAGGGACACGUGGUGGGGCACCGCGGGGUCAGUGCUGCCGCUGAGCAAGAGCUCCUCGGAGAACCAGGAGGGGUGUGACGGCAGCGCGCCCCACGGCACGGCCGUCCACAGCUACAACGGGCGGGGCCACUGGGACGAGGACAGCGUGGUCAGCUCCCCCGAUGGAGGCUCGGCCAGCGACUCGGGGGACCGGUACCAGGCGGACCACUACCGCUGUAUCCCGCAGGAAACCAGCAAGAUCGAGACUCUGAUCCGGGCCACGCAGCAGAUGAUCAAGGAGGAAGAAAGUCGGUUCCAGCUGCGCAAGGGCCCUCCGGGUGGCACGCUGGGGCCGGCCAACGGGCUGCCCAAGGGCCCCGGACCGUGCUUCACCCCCGAGUACCUUCAAGGGCCCCUGGCGUGUCGAGGUUUAAGUCAGGUGAUCAGCCCGGCUCCGAGUCCCGCCCCCCUGUCCAGGCUCAGCAGUCCAGGCCCUGAGCGCCUCCACAAGCCCAAAGACUACCUCCACACAGACCUGUCGCCCCUUUCUCUGCCGUUGCACCACCCGUUUGGUCAUCCGGGUCCGUGCUCGGAUUCCCCCACCCCGACUCCGACCCUCUACCCCGCCCACAUCCACCCGCGGCCCUACCUGGACAAGCAUAAAGCCUACUCCAUGACCGGCUACGCUCUGGAGAACCUCUACGAACCAGAGAGCCUGCGGGGCUACUGCACCUCCGCCAGCUCGGGCCCCGCCCACUACGACGUGACCCCUCACCUCCGCGUGCCGGCAGAGCAGACCCCCGGACACAAAGGCACCUCCGUCAUUAUCAGCAACGGCAGCUAACGGUCACCUCGACGCAAGCGGUCGCACGGCCUCGGCUGGUUAGCUCCGUCACGACACCAAGCCAUGGUUCUUCGGGAUCCCGUUAGCCGGUUUUGCCAUCAGACCGAUGUCUUUCUCCAAAAUUCACGCUGACUAGUAGUCGGCGUGAAACUCUGUGGCUAUAAUUUCCCCCCAAAUGUUGCUCAGACGUCAGCAGACGAACGUAAGAGCAAGUUUCUCUGAAUCAGAGCAGUGGUAACUGUCCUCCCAGUUUCAGCUCGUGGUUCUGGUAAAAACCACUAGCUGAAACUGGGAGGACAGUCCAAGAUGUAGAAAUAAAAUGAAUUUGUUCUUAUUAUUACAUACAAACACACAGAUGGAAACAUACUCAAGGAGGCAGCUGUAUAUCUGACCGGCGUCUGUCCACGACUGCUGGUGCAGCUGUCAGGCAAACAGAAAAUGGAUCGUACAGCAAAACCUUUGUGUCCCAGUCCGUCAUCAUGGAUACAGCUCUGGGGGGGGGAAACAUGUCUGGUUAGAAAACGUCUGGAGCUGUGCUCUCACAUCCGUCCCAGUGUUUUAUAACCUUUUGCACUAUUAGAGAUGGAGAUUUUGGUGGAGAGGUCUCCUGUUUUUUGACGGAGGGGAUCCGACGGGGUCGGUUCACUCUGCAGUGAGGCGGAGCACGGGUCGGCCCCGAAGUAAAGCCUUUUAAACUCAACAGAAUAAUAUGCAACGCCAUUCUCUAGACGUUUCUUUUCUCUCACUUUUCUCUGUAUCUUAACGUAAAUGCAGUAAAGAAAGUGAUGACUCUUUCACGGGUACAUGACGAAUAUGAUUGUAGAGUGAGAAGCAUGGAUACUAAAUGGCUUGUUGGACAUAUUUUAAUGGGGGGGACACGGGAAGUCUGCUGCUUUGGUAGCCGAUACAGUAUUUGACUGGAAAGACAAUAAAAGGCCUGUUAUACAUUUGACAGCAUUUUAUAUUCAUCCAAGGAAUUGACAGAAUAUACGUGACAUGUUCUAUUGUUUCCCCGUCAUAUCUGUGAUUAUUUCUGAGUGAAGACGAACAGACCAUAUGCAAUUGAACCCAUUGGAAUGCCAGGUGAGGUAGCUUGAUGGUGUUCAUUAUGACGGAUUCCUGAAGCAACUGUUAAUUAUUGUUACGUGGGCAUGUUUGUACGACAGGAUUCAAGGUUUCUCUUGGAGUUUUUUUCUUUCUUCGCGUCCUCCUGAGUCCUCAGAUGACCCUAUAUUUAUACAAGUUUGGAUUUUUUUCUUUUCUUUCAUUUUUAUCAAAGCUUGAAAUGUGGUCCAUCUCUUGAAGUUAUUUAUGGUGUUCUGUAAAUAUGAUGAGAAAAGAAAGUUCCACCACAUGGGCAGAAAACUGUAUUUAUUGAGUAAAUGUUUCUCUAUGAUUUUUGAAAUAUAGCUGCAAUCAAAUCCAGUCUGCUUGUAUAUUGAGUGUGUUUUUGACUGAAGCCAAUUCUAAAAGAGGACAAAAUAAAAAAUG